AUGGACCUGAGCUCUUGGAUGUCAGAGCUGGGUUCCGGCAGCCAGAAGGUGAAGAAGGUCGCCGUCUCCACCGGCCCCUCACUGGAGUUAUGCACCUUCCCCUCUACCCUGGGCUCCUCGGUCGCGACUGCUGCGCUAGAGCAACUCUUUGUUGUGGAAAAAUCUCUGCAGAGUGACUAUUUUAAAUGCAAUGAAGAAGCUAGGAUCUUUCUUAAGGACAUUGCUAUAGCUGUUAAAAAAUUGGAAGAAAUGAGAAAGUCCACAAUUGACCUUCUGGAAAUAGAAACCAUGGAACUCAGCAGACUCUACUUCCUGCUGGAGAUGCUGCCUGAAAACAUGAUCACGGAGCUCGAAGAAUGUGUCAUAGGUGCUCGCAAAUUAAAUCGUGCUGAGAUACAUCAAAUAAACAUGAGAAUUCUCAAGACAGAUAAUGAAAUAGAGUGUCUAAAGAAGAGAAUAAUUGAUCUGACAGAAAUUAAUAAAGCUCUGGGUGAAAAGCAAGAAGAGAUGUCGAAGCGGCAUACAGAGAUUGUCCUAGCACUCAACCAGCUGAUGGAACAAAAAGCCACUACCACAGUUAACAUAAAUGAUAUCUGUACCAAAAUCAAAGAGGAUAGAAAAGAAACAGAAUUGCAUAAAGUACAUCUGCAAGAGACAGAGGAGUUGAUGUCAAAAGAGAAAGAAGAAUAUUUAAUAAGAAAACAGCAAUUGGCUGCAGAAAUAAGUGAAUUUAAAAAGAUAUAUGAGCUUAAGAAAAUAGAGACUUUUAAAAAGAAGAAAGAAUUGGAUAAAUUACUAGAGGAAGUGUCAAAAAUGAAAGAAGCAGUUAUUACCACCUCAGCGGCUCUUAGUGAUCACAAUUUAGAGAUCGCACAGCUACAUGGCUCAAUAAAGCACUGGGAAAAAGAGUUGGAAGGGAUGAAGAAAGUGUGUAAGACUCUGGAGAAUAAAACGCAGUUCUUUACGACUCAUCAGAACAAACUGGAUGAUACAUCCGUUAUUGAAAAAAAUGAAUACCUGAGUAAGAUAAAAGAGCUGGCUGAUCAACUGCACCAGUUUCAAACAGAGAACAAAGAGCUACGAGCGAAACUGUAUGAUUUAAUGAGAGAAUAUAAGAUUGUCUCCAGAGAGGAGCACAACGUUUUUACGCAUGAACAGAUCACCUAUGAGGAAUACCGCAAACAAAUGGCCUUCACUACUAAGAAAGAAAACUUCCUGUCACAAAGAAAAAUAGACAUCCAACAUAUGGAAGAAGGACUUGUUACUCUUAAAAAUCUUUAUCAAUCAAUACAUGAAACAUAUAGAAAGCAAAUAAAAAUCCUGAAUGAAAACCUGGAAAGAGAAACUCAGAGAUGUAUUUUAAAUCAGUGGAAAAUAUUAUGUUUAAGAAAAAAACAUAAUCGUUGGGUAACUAAGAUAAAAAAUGAAAUAAAUCAAACUAUAGAAAACAUUGAACAUUCGGAAAAGAGACGAACUGAAUUGCUUGAAGAGACCCUUGUUAGAAGAAAUGAAAUCGAUGAAUUUGUGGUACAGAUCGAAAAACUUUCAACAGAAUUACAAGAGGAGGAGGAGGAAUUUACUUUAAAAGAAAAACUGUUAAUUCUGGAGUUAAAGAAGUAUGAGGAAUUAUAUGUUCACGAAGCACAAAUUCACAAAGAGAAACAAGAGGAACUAAUUGAAUAUAUUCCACAACUUCAGGAAGCAGAAGAAGAGUAUGAAAUCAAAUAUAAAAAGUUAGAAGAGCUCUAUAAUAUUUUUACAGCUCAACAGCAGGAGGAGAAGAUAAUGUGCAGUAGCAUUACUAAGUUGGCAAGAGAAUUUUCAAAAUACUUAGAUAAUACGGAGAAAAUUAAGCAAGAACUAAAAGAAUUACUAGAUCUUGAAAGCAAGAAAGUCAAUGAUCAUUUUGAAAUUCUAAAGAAGUUAGAAAAUGAAAUCUUUAUAAAUGAUCAAAAAGCAAACCUCUUGCUCGUGGAAAAUGAAAAAUUAAAAAGGUAUAUUUUAUAUAUGAAGAUCAAUAUAGAGAAAUACAGAAAAGGCCAAGAAGCCCUUAUACACGACUUAAGUGACGCAUCGUGGCAACUGAUAGCUGAGCACACACAUUAUGUAGACUUGUGGGCUGAAUUUCAGGCCCUAGUUAAGGAACUGGUGCAGAACGGUGAAGAGAUCUUGCAGGAAAUAGAAAAUCUAAUGAAGAGACUGCAAGACAGAGAUCAAAAAAUUGAGCUCAUCAAUUCUUGGCUACAAAGGAAUCUUGAAAAACUGCAUUCUCUUAUGAACCAGGAAUUACCAACCCUUAUCAGUAAGCAACAGUUUGGUGUUUCUAGAGAUCUUUUACUAUAUCUGGUAACAUCAAAAGAGGCAAGCAAGAGAGCCAAGUAA